UAUGGUUAUUGCAAUAAGGAUUUUAAUAAAUUCACAGCUGGCUGUGGUUUGCAUAGUGAGCAUAAAUUAAGCUCAGUGAGCUCUACUGUGUUACCUCCCUGACAUAAAAGCUACAUCAGUCAGAAAUACUUAAAUAUACCCUGCAGAAAUACCAAACAAGUCCUCUCCUGCUAAGCACUCUGUGUAGGUUGGUUUAAUUUAUUAAUAAGUUGCUUAUCCUUGUUAUUUACUGGUACGUGGGCAGGCUGCUGUUGUGAUUUUCUGAGCUACACAAUUCAAAUUGCUCUUGGCCACAAUUUUCAAUGACAGUGUAUAGAAUAUUUUGAGGACCAUCUGUAUAACCCUGAGCUGGCUUCAUGGUUAAAGUGGCUGUGGUGUGCCAGGUCAUGUGUGACAAGCGGUACCACUGGCUCCCAGCUGUUGGUGUUGUUGGGAGGAUAUGAAUUAGAACAGGUUAUUUGAUAUUCUGUGAGUGAUCAACUUAGCUCUUUUUGUAUGAACCAAAGUAAGGAGCUUUUGCAUUACAUAUUAAGGUGUAGGAGGGCUUUGCUUCUUUUUAGCUGGGGAUCUUUUUAUCACUUUCAGGAUACUCUGUGAUGACAUACUUCAGACUUCUGCUCGUACUGAUAUUCACACCUGACAGUAAAAAAGACUUGUCAUUUAGGUUGCUUGCCUAACACCACUGUUUUGUUUUGCACUUCUUUUUAUUUUUAAGCACUAGACCAAGCAGGAUGGGAUAACUCUUGGUCUGCUGACUAGACUGGCCUUGCCUGUGGUUCCUUUGGGAGCAGAGCAGUGCAGAAUGGCUCUCCUUCCCCACACUCCUGCCUUAGUGCAGAUUGCUUCCACUCCUGCCCUGUCUAGUUACCUUCCACUGCUCUUUGCAACUUGUUCUUGAUGCAGAAGUUGCCCAGAGCUUUGAGCUGUGGGUGGUACUGUCCAUCCAUUAUCUGCAUGGAAUUUAAGCAGUGUCUGAUGUCAGCUCAGAAAUGUUUAAAUAUAUUGUGGUGCAAAAUGUUAGAUCUGGUGUACCUUGUACAUGCAUCUGUUUCAUGUUGUGAAUUUCAAUGGGCUUGACUGUUUGUGUCUAUUAUAAAGAGCUUGGAAAAUACUAUUCAAAAUGUUAUGGUUACACUAAAACUGUUGGUGGCCUCCUAAAAAUUGAAAAGCAAAUAUCACCAUUGUUUCAUGUAGUGAAAAGAGAAAACUUUUGGCUAGUAUUUUGCAAGAACUACAGAAAAAAUGGUGUGUAAAUGGAGACAAUGUUCAGCUGGUGUCUCAGCUGCAUUUUGAGGGCUGCCUCUCUUGGGUAGCUGCUAUUUUCGGGAGUCAGUCCCAGCUUCCUUUUGGGUUCAGUCAAGUAACUUUUUGUCCAAGGGAAAGAAAAGCAAGGCCCUGUGACAUCCAUAACUGCUUUUAAACCCUCAUAAUCAUUAUUUGUUUAAUUUGGCCGCCUCCCUCUGCAACAAUCCCAGGUGUUGUGUCCCCUGGUGUCACAGGUGAGGGCAGCCUGGCAGGAGCCCUGGCUGUGCCCCGUGUCCCUGGGAGCAGGGUGCCUGCUGGCAGCCACACUCAAUGGCUGGAACUGGGCUGUGAGGUGCCCUUGGAAAGCCACACUGCCUUGUGCUGCACAAAGAAAAUUGCUGCUCCUUGGGGAAAUAGCAAAGUCAGAGCCCUGGUGCUGAUGGUAUAGCGUGCCAGCACAGUGAGUGUUUGCAUUCUCAGAGCUCUCUGCCUUGCCAACAGCAAGGACUGAUUGUGCAGGACUAAAGGAUUUGCCUUCAAGACCUGUUCUUGAGUUGCCAUUAGAGUUUAUUCAGUGCCUGAUACUUUUUAUUUUCCUUAGACACCAUCAGCUGGCAUAUUUGGCUUUAGGUUGGAAGGAAUUAGUUUGUAGUGGAUUGCUGUAAAGUGAUACAAUAAUCUCCCUGUUCAAUAAAAGUCUGGUUUAUGUGGCAUUGUUUUCUUCCCAGGAUGUACAUGUGAAAGCAAAGAGCAUUCUAAUUGCUCUUACAUCCCAUGCAGUGAGAAAGUGGAUUUUGGAGAAAUUAAUACAAAAAGCAAAGUUCCUGAGUAGUCAAAUGGAUUUAUAAAGUGUUAAGCAUUUCAAAAAAAUACACUUUUAUUGGCUCCUGAGUAGGUGAUCAACUCAUGUUACUGAAUGUAGAGGUUUCUCUUAAAAUUUCAUUUUUAAUUUUUCAUGAGAAAUUUAGGCGUAAGUCUUUCUUGCAGCCUUAAGUUAUUGAAGGCAUAAAGGACUUGCUCUGAUAAAUUCAGAGAAAGGUUUUCACAACCAUUGUGAUGCAGCAUAGGAAGGAAAAUAAUCCAGUCCAUCUGAAGUUUCAGGAGAGCACUGGUCAUAAAAACAUUGCAGUAUGUCUCCUGGUGGGAAGGGUGUGGACAUCUUUAAUGGUCACUUACUGCAGAGUAAUGCUCUGAAACAGAGACCUCCAUAUCUGUUAGUAUAAACAGAGUAAAGGACUGUAAUCCCUUAAUAGUAAAGAGGCUGUAUUUUGGUUGUAUGGGGUAGUGCUGAGCACAUCAGUGUUUGAAUGAAUGAGUCCCCGUGUUCAUGGAGAGCAAUGCUUCCUUUCUCCUGCUGUGAAGCACUUAUUAAUUAUGUGUUUCAAACAUUACUUUAUGGUAUUUUUAUCUCCUCAUCAGUGAUCUUCUCAUCUGGAUCUUUCAUUACUUCCAGAAAGUCAUGGCCAGGAUUGAUGCAAGCCAGACCACCCUGGCCCCUGCUCCUGUCCUCCCGAGGGCUCUCUGCAGGUUUGAGCUCUUAACUGCAGUACUCUGAGUCAUCUCACUUCAGCACUGUAACUCCUCCUUUUCAGGGCUUUGUGUAUUACUUUUCCUCAGCUAGCAAUCAAAAAUUCAGAGGCUCAUUUCCUUGCUUCCUUUUUCGGAAAUGAGCUGUCUUUUUUAGGAGAACUUGAGGAUAAAGCCCAUCCAUUACUAUUUAAAGAUCCUGAUUAGCACGUGUUGAAGAAGGUCAUGAAGUUUCUUAACCUUCAGUCCAUUAAAACAGAUCAGAAGGGCUGUGCAUUAAGUUUCUGCUUAGCUUAGAACAAUGGUAUUUCUUGCUUACUGAGAAAGCUCUGCCUUAGACAGUAUGAGCUCUGCUCCAGGGGAACAGGCUUUCUCCUGGCCAUUACGGAGUGAAUGAAUGAAUGAGAGGAUGAAUGAGAGGAUGUGUUUGGUUGCUUUCAAAGACAUCUGUGUAAAAAGCCAGUGAUUGCUAUUUUGAUGAUCCUUUCUUUACAAGCCUACCCCUUAUGUCCUUUCCAAGGUCAGAUGUGGUGACUUGCUCUUUUUUAAUUGAAAUUAAAAACAUCCCCAAAGUCAAAUUCUGAUACAGAUAUGGUACAUGAUAGGCAUGAGCAGUGUCAGCUCAAGCAUACAUGCAUGAUAGGGCAGGAGCAGUGUUAGCUCAUAUUCAAGCAGACUUAUGGUUCACUUCCCCUGAUAUUUUCAGUUUAUUGUCAAUAAAAAUAAUACAAAUAAAUUAAAUGUUUUCUUCUGAUGGUUAAUUAGUACACAGUUUUAAAAAAAUAAAGCCAUUUCCUUAGAAUUGAACACUGUCAAAAUUGACAGAUUUUGCCGUGGAAAUUUUGUAUUUUAAAACUUGUUACCUCUCUAAAAAUAUAAUUAUUCUAGGAGAGAGGUAAUGUUGAAAACCUGCAUUAUUUUUCAGAUACAGGAAUCUUGUUAUUUAUAGUUUAAGAGGUGUUUGAUAUAUGCAUUGACUUUCCUUAAAGGAACUGUUGCUCUCGGAAACUACCAAAAGCAUGAGCUGAGGUGUGUUUCCUCUUAGAUAAAGCUGAAUUUCCUAUCUGCAGCCCAGCAGUCACCUGUCAGUUGCAGAAUUGUUAGGGUAAGGAAUACCUUCUUCAGAUUUUUUUUGUCUGAAACACUUGUAUAAUAUUGCCAUUAGCAAUGUCAUGUUCAGUAAAUUAUCUGCCUCUGACAGAGCAGCAGUGUUUAUUUACGCUUUAGAUCAGUGAUGGCAUCUUCAAGAAAAGAGAUGUUGUACAUGUACCAACUUCUUGUAAUUCUGUUUUUUGUACUAAGCCUGGAUGAUCAGUCUGCACUCUUCUCAGAAGUUCUGGUUUGUUCCAGCAAGUAGGAAACUUUUCCUUAUGCUUGGGCGAGAACCUGCCUACAACUUCCCACUAGUUUACAGUUUCUGUGUUGAUUUACUUGAAGGUACCAUGUCAGAAACUGAAGUAUGUACUCCUCAGUUUUAGUUAAAAAAUCAAAUAAGUGAACAAACAAAACCCACAAACCAAACAAUCAUAAAGAAACAGACAAUAAACCCAAACCUCUCCUCUGGGCAUAUGAGAGGAGCUGACUUUAACUGUUCUUCCUUUAGUUCUAGGUGAGUUUUUCAGUGCUGCUGAGGACUCAAGAUGUUGGGAAAUGCCCUUUAAAUAUGUAAAAUUCAUUCCUGUCUUGUCAUAUUUGCAAUUUCCACCAUAGUAACUCACUAUCCCAGAUCUGGGCACUGACUUAAUCAGAAAGUGCCCAUGGCCCAUUUUUGUGACCAAAGGCACCCUGAGUGCCGGAGAGCUGAAGCUCUGUGCCUCAGUGAUCCCAUCUCAGUGGAGUCCUUGGCCAUGGAGGAGUUCCUCUCUGAAACAAUGACGUGCUCUCUGCAUCCCCUCUGUCUCUGUGCUCUGUUUUCUUCCACUAACUGAAAGGAAGUCGUAGUUUCACAAGAACCUACUUGGCUUUCAUUCCAUAAGGAAGAUAAUUUGUUUUGUUUUGUUCUCUUGACUGGGUCAGCAAUUGUAUCAUAAAAAGGAUACAGCUGCAGUGAUUCAAAUCAAUUAGCCAAAACAUUUAUCAAGGUGCUAAAGCCACGAAAUCACACAAUUGGUGGUGAAGCAGUAACAGCAGGUUUGCCUUUCAUCUCAAUACUUUUACAGGUUUUUGAUUUAGAGAAGUAGAAUAGAGAGUUAAAUUCUUGAGCAUAGGGAUAACUCUGUAAUGAAAACCUUGAGUGACCAGUGUAGUUGUAAAAUAUAUAUUUGCCCAAGCAAAUUUUCAAAGCUAAGGAACACUUUGGGUAGUGGAAUACUACUGCUCCCUUUCAGGGGUGGUGAUGGAAGCUCUCAGGCUGCACAACUGUAAUGAGAUGUGCAGACAAGCACUGUCCAGGCUUGGUAACUUUCUGCUGCAGUGCUCAGCCCAAGACAGACUGAGAAAGGAGCUUCUUCCUAUAGAAUGUUCUACUUGCAUUGUAUUUGUAUUCCACAAAGCUACAGACCAUAAAAAUGUAGGCAAGGAGUCAGUAGGAGACCAAAAAGAAAUAGAUUAAUUUCAAAUAGGAAUCUAAAACCAGUUUUAAAUGGUUCUGCUCCAGUGAUGUCCCUUGGUCUCUUCUAAUGUGUUGUGCAGGAGCUUGCAUCUUGAAGCAGGCUACUCUGAGGUUUGGGUACUGUAGGUUCAGGCCAAUGGCUGAGCCUUUAUGGCUAAAUUUAAAUGCUUUUGUUUCUAUCAGCCAUGACUCUGUUACAUGGAGGUCAGGUGCCUCUGUGCCAAAAUGUGUUGAUAUCCUUGUGGCAUGUCUUCUGCUCUCAGCAUAACCUAAGAAUAGUGUAACUGGGAUCCUUAAGCAGCUAUUGCAUUUUUUUAGAUUUUUUUACAGGUUUUACAGAGAGCCUGUAUUAGCCUGUAAAUUCAGAUGCUGUGAUGGAAAACCUUUCAGCCCUGGGUUCUAGAUGCAACAAUAAGAUUGAACCUCCUAGUCCCUACACCAGCUUGGAGACUCAGGAUGGCUAUUUUUCCCACCGACCGAAAGAGAAAAUGCGAACAGACAGCAAUAAUGAAAACUCGGUCCCCAAGGACUUUGAAACUAUUGAUAACAGUAACUUUGCUCCCAGGACUCAGAGACAAAAACACCAGUCUGAGCUGGUGAAAAAACCCCUUAGCAAACAAAAGGAGCACUUGAGAAAGAAACUGGAAGAGGAAAAGAUGAAGGAGAACUUGCUGCUGGGGAAGAACUCCAACGAGGUGGUGCAGUUCAGCAAUCCCCUGGGAAAAAACAGCAGCAACAGCAACAACCUGAAGGAGAUUGACAGGUUUCCCACAGAGCAUCUUAUACAAAAGCUUGAGAUCAGCUCCCCUGAGCUGAAAUACGACCAGCCACCCAAGUGUGAGGUGACGGGCAAGGAGGCGAUCUCGGCCAUGUCCCGCACCAAGUCCCAGCAGUGCCGCCAGGAGAUCGCGGACGUGUACUGCCAGCACAAGCUGGGGAAGCUGAUGCCGGAGCAGGUGACACGUUUCUGUGCCCUGGAGGGAAAAGCCAACAACAAUGUUCAGUGGGAUGAGGACUCCGUAGAGUACAUGCCAGCCAACCCAGUCAGGAUCGCAUUUGUCUUGGUUGUUCAUGGCAGAGCUUCCCGGCAGCUCCAGCGCAUGUUUAAGGCUAUUUACCAUAAAGACCAUUUUUAUUACAUUCAUGUUGACAAGCGAUCCAAUUACUUGCACCGGCAAGUGCUGCAGUUUGCCAGCCAGUACCCAAACGUGAGAGUCACCUCCUGGAGAAUGGCCACCAUCUGGGGAGGAGCAAGCCUUCUGACCACCUACCUGCAGACCAUGAAGGACUUAAUGGAGAUGAGUGACUGGCCCUGGGAUUUCUUCAUCAACCUCAGCGCUGCCGACUACCCGAUCAGGACAAAUGAUCAGCUCGUGGCAUUCCUGUCCAGAUACCGAGACAUGAACUUCUUGAAAUCCCAUGGCAGGGACAAUGCAAGAUUUAUCAGAAAGCAGGGGCUGGACCGGCUGUUCCUGGAGUGCGACACGCACAUGUGGCGCCUGGGGGACCGCAAGAUCCCAGAAGGAAUCACCGUGGAUGGGGGCUCAGACUGGUUCCUCCUGAACAGGAAAUUUGUGGAAUAUGUCACUUUUUCCAGUGAUGACCUGGUGACAAAGAUGAAGAGGUUUUACUCUUACACGCUGCUUCCUGCCGAGUCCUUCUUUCACACCGUGCUGGAGAACAGCCCUUUCUGUGACUCCAUGGUGGACAACAACCUGCGCAUCACCAACUGGAACAGGAAGCUGGGCUGCAAGUGCCAGUACAAGCACAUUGUUGACUGGUGUGGCUGCUCACCCAAUGACUUCAAACCAGCAGACUUCCACCGCUUCCAGCAGACCGCCAGGCCAACUUUCUUUGCCCGCAAGUUUGAGGCGGUGGUGAACCAGGAGGUCAUUGGCCAGCUGGACUAUUUCCUGUACGGGAAUUACCCCCCGGGCACGCCGGGGCUGCGCUCCUACUGGGAGAACGUGUACGAGGAGCCCGACGGGCCGGGCGCCCUCAGCGACGUGGCCCUCACCAUGUUCCACUCCUUCUCCCGCCUGGGCCUGCGCAGGGCCGAGAGCUCCUUCCACGCUGCUGGGGACAACAGCUGCAGAUACUACCCCAUGGGCCAUCCAGUUUCCAUCCACCUUUACUUCCUUGCUGACCGUUUCCAAGGCUUCCUGAUCAGGCACCAUGCAACCAAUCUGGCUGUCAGUAAACUGGAAACUUUGGAAACCUGGGUGAUGCCCAAAAAAGUCUUCAAGAUUGCAAGUCCACCGAGUGAUUUUGGGAGGUUGCAGUUCACAGAGAUUGGCACUGAGUGGGAUGCCAAGGAAAGGCUUUUCAGGAAUUUUGGAGGACUCCUUGGGCCAACAGAUGAGCCAGUGGGGAUGCAGAAGUGGGGGAAAGGCCCCAAUGUCACCGUGACUGUCAUUUGGGUGGAUCCCAUUAAUGUAAUUGCAGCAACAUAUGAUAUUCUCAUUGAAUCCAGUGCUGAGUUUACUCACUACAAACCACCUCUGAAUUUGCCCCUGCGACCUGGUGUCUGGACAAUAAAAAUUCUGCACCACUGGGUACAGGUAGCUGAAACCAAAUUCCUCAUUACUCCUCUCACCUUCUCAAAUCAGCAGCCUAUCAAACAAGAGGAAGCCAUCAAGCUGCACAGCGGGCCUCCAAAGAACGCGUACAUGGAGCAGAGCUUCCAGGGCCUGAACCCGGUGCUGAACAUCCCGGUGAGCGCCGCCCGCGCCGACCAGGCCCAGCGCAACGCGGGGCUCGUGGGCGCCCGCCUGGACGCCUGGGUGGACUCGCUGGUCAGCGGCGUCUGGUCGGCCGUGGACGUGUGCAGCGUGGGGCCCUCGGCCUGCCCCGUGCUGCAGGGCUGUGCCCAGACCGCCUGGAGCUCCCUCAGCCCCGACCCCAAGUCCGAGCUGGGCCCCGUCAAACCCGACGGCCGCCUGAGGUAGCGUCCGGCGCGCUCCGCCCCGGCGUAGGUUUUUAAAAGGGAAUUGAACCUUGCUUCUCUGUGAAUCUCACACCAGGUUUCAGAAACCUAAGGGGAAGUUACAUUUUUUUGUUACUUAUUGUAAUAGAAUUCAUUUUAAAAAAACAAAACCAAAACAAACAAAAAAAAAAGUUCUGAAGUUCUGACAAGGCCUUUGGCACUGCCCUCUCCAUCAGCUCUGUUGGGAGCGUGGCCUCAUCCCACAGCCUGUGCUGUCCCAUUCCAGGUGCCACUGCACCCACCAGCCUGUGGGCUUGGAAACAGCACCAAGCCAUGGGGAGGGCAGUGAAGGAGCAGCUGCUAAAGGGGUUUUUUUAAAAAUAAAUUUGUUUGUGCCUCUGCUGUUUCAUAGGCUUUCAUUAUUUUGCUAUAAUGAAUAAAUCACAUCAAAAUUCCCUUCUACUUACACUUUCUGGGGAGGUUGGUUCCUGCAGGCUAAAGCCGGUAUGGCCACAUGACCUCAGAGAAUGUGAAGUAAUUAUGGUACAGCCUCACUUGGGUUUUUAAUAACACAAAGUAAUUCUGGACACAGCUGAUGUCUGUUAUCCUAGUUAGAGAGAACGAGCAAAAGCAGAAACUUUCAGAUUCCUUUCAGAGAUUUUUUUCAGACAAAUUUAAUGAUAAACUCUAAAUGAAACCAGUGUUUUGCUAUAGUAGUCUUUUAUGUCUCAUGCAGUCGGGUUCAGGGUCAGUGUACUAAGAGUAUUUAUUAAAGAGCAAAGAAGUUUUUUGAAUUUCAGCCCUUUCAAAUCUGCAGGCAUUUUUGGAAGCAACCAUUACCUGAGUAUUUUCACAAGCUGCCAGUAGAGCAGGUGUGUAUGUGUAGGCUGGGGUGGAUUGUGAUGUGUCUGCUCACACCCUUUGCUCAUGAGCUGAGCUGAGUUUUUUCUCAGGCAGUGGAGUUGUAAACCAGUAAAAUAGUAAAACUGGGACCUAAAUCAGCAACAACAGGUUUCUUCCCUAAUUUGAGUAGUGGCUAGUAAGUCUUAACACUAAUUCCCUUCCUUGGUCUCAAAUCUCCAUCAGUUCCUAAAGAAGGAUCCUUCCAGGCUUUGCCAGGGCACCUGGAAGGCUGUGCAGGAUGUGGAUCACUGCCCAAAGCCAGGGGAAGGAGAACAAUGCCAUGUUUCUCCAAGCUUUUACUUUAUUCAGUCAACAAUCUACCCUUGCCUGUCUUCAGAAUUCCUAGCAGGCUGCAUCCUGUUUUAAAUAGUCAUGUUUUUGCAUCAUUUCAACCUGCAUUUUCUACAGGAAGGAAAAAAUUAAUUUACAUUCCAAGAACUUUUUAAAAUACAAAUUCAUCUUCAACUAAUGUAUUUUACAUUAGCAAAAACAUGCACUUUGUUGCUGUUGCUGUGUUAAUCUCUAGUUAGCAACAGAACCAAAAAAGACCAUCAAAAGCCAUUGGGUUAAUUAGGAAAGAAGCCCUGUUGCUGUAAUAAAGGAAGGUAUCUGUUCACCCUUCUGUGUGCAUGGAUAACUUUCUGCUGAGAGUGAAGUGUCCACAUCAGGAGGGAAACAGAGCCUUAAAUCAUUCCAUAAUCAUGUCUCACAGGAAGGUUGAAUUCCCUUUUAAACAACACUUGCAGUAGGACUGUAACACUCAGAUCCCCUUGGCUUGGAGUAUCUCUGUCAUAUUGGUUUAAAGCUACUUCAGUUUGCUUUGGACUUGAAAUUGUGGUGUCAGCUGUGCUGGCAUUAAGGCAGAGCAUUGAAAUGUUUAUCUGGCACAAAAAUGGAUGCAUAGAAGGAACAAUUUAGGUAUUUAUUAUUUAUGUUUUAGUCAAUGACUAAUUAGUAGGUGCUGCUUUUGCAGCUUGAAGAUUAUGUUAUUUUACUAACUGAAGCUGCCUUUAUUAAGAAAAGGCCUUCCUCCCCUCACACCUCCCUUUCUUUUUUUGUCUUGAUUUUGUCAGUCACGAGCAGUAGCUUUAGGAAAGUUUGUAGCAACGAGAGCUGAUUGGAAUAUUCCAGUCAAGAUAAUGUUCCAGCUUUUCAACCAGCUCUAGAGGCAAGCGUGUGUGAAACCAGGGUUGCCAACAGGUUUAUGUAAUAGAAUCACAGUGUUAUUACUUAUUCAGUAGGGGUUUUUAACAGUGCUUGUUUUUAAUGUAACAUUCCUGUGUGAAGUUCAUAUUUUCUGGGGACCUCCAAUCCUCACUGUGAAAUCCAGGGCUUUAUUCACACUGAUGCAAUGGUGACUGCACGGUCCAAGCCCUGCAGAUUAAAUGAAGAAGGUCACAUUUAAGGCACACAAUAAAAUCCAUUAACAAGCCCAGGCAGUGCUUGUUCUCAGUAAGACUCCUGAGGUAGCCACAAAAUCUUCAGUCUGUCUUGCACAUAAGCACAUGUGUAGGGGUGCACCCACGCACACGCAUGCAGAUAACUUCGUUUUUAAAUCUGAUGUUUUUAUUCUUAAGCAGGAAUGUUUUUAAGUGCUUUUUUUGUAAGUUUUCAUUAACUAGACCAAGAAGAAGGUGACAACAAUCACAUCUUCUGCUGUUAGGAAAAAGCUGCCACUUUCAUCAUUUGAAAAAUAAGGUGCAAAUUAUUUUGUUUUAGUACAAAAAAAGGGAAAGAAAACAGAUGGUUGCUGAUAUAUCCAUUUGCAUUAUAUGCUAGGUUUAAAAUAUCUCAAAGGAAAUUUAUAUGAGAUUAUUUUCUGAAAGGCAAGAAGCAUUUAAACAGUGAAGUUUUGUAGCAAGCUGGCAAUUUCAGUGCUGCUGUUAAAAUAUAGGAUGUGGAGCUGAAGGGGUUGAUCCUGCAGUCCUUUCUCAGGCAUAACUUCCAGAGUGCUAGUGCUGAAAGAGGAUUUCAGAGUCAAGUCCAGCAUAAAUAAAGGGUAUGACAGUAUUCUAGGGGUAAAUGCUGUCUGUUUGAGGUCAUCAAAAGAUAAGCUGCCAUGUUUGGAACAUCUUCUAGGGGCAGUGGCAAGUUUUGGACCUAAACAGCCACCUCUACUAUAGCUGUUCUCAUGCAGCCAUGGAUCCAAAAGAUAUAUAUGAAACUAAAUGUCUGAGUUCCAAAGUCCAGUAGCUGUGAAUAAAAAACACAUAAAGCCAGACUCUGCAUCAGGGAUCAGAGCUGGCUCCAAGGUGAUGCUGUUAAGCCAAACUUAGUCCUGCUUAGUGGCUUCUCUGGUUUGAAAUGGCAGCACUGGGAGCCUGGAAAGAAUAUUGUCAGUGGUCAGAAGAGAACAACUUCACAGAUGUUACAUUUGGUGGAAAGGAGAAUUCAGAGCAGGGACCCACAGCUGGUACAAAACACAAGAGUUAUGCAUCUUCACCUGAAUGUGCAGGUGUUCUUUUCCAGUCACUGGCCAGUCCUUGCUGAACAGGAUCCCAGCUGGAAGCCUGCUUUGAUCAAAAUUCCUUUCAAUGGGAGGGGUUUCUAUUUCCAUAUGCAUAUUUAUCCUCUGUGUGUAAUGCUUUGCUUGUUUAAAUUCCCUGCCCAUUCUGCAUGACAGCCAUGUAACACUCCUGUGAUCAAUCUGUAUUACACAGAAAGGGAAUGUGGCAAAAUGCAGAACAUCUACAUAUGUGAUUUAAUGAGUUAUGUCCAAAGUCAGGCUCAGCAUUAUGCAAACCUGUUUAUAUGGUAAUGUUAAACCCCAAGGCUAAACGAAAUAGCUCAAAUGACAGUUUAUUUUCACAUUUGUCCAAUUCCUUCUUUGAUGACAUUUGGACAUUGAGUAGUAAUAUUUGCAUUUUCAUUUUCUGAUAUUCAAGUGGGUUUUUUUUAGAAUUAAAAUUAUGUCUUCAUUUUUUUUGUGCUCUCAGCAAGCAUUUUGACAAUUCCUUCAUGAUAGCAAGUGUUAUACAAGAAAGUCCCUCUGUAUCUCUGUUGUUACACCUUCAUUAUUGCUAAGCCUAGAGAUACAGGAAUGUGCAUUCGUGUGUUACAAAUUGACUUUCCUGGGUACUGGCUUCAGUGCACAAUGCCUGUACAGUUGUUUAAUGGUGUAUUGACAGUGAUCCUGCAGCACCUUCAAAAGUACCACCUGAUGUGCAUUCACCUUCCCUCCAUCUCCUGCAGCACUAAUUGCCUUCCUAAUGAGGCCUCCAUCACUCUUAGCCACGAUUGUAGUGAGCACAGUAGUGAAGUCAGUGAAUCGGAACAGGGAUAGUGUAAACCUGACCUAGGGGAGAGAGAGAGGGUAGAGAAGAUGCUGAAACUUUGCAAAAGCUUGACACAAUUGCUUUGCAACAAACCUUUGAACAAACUGGGCUCCUUCUGCACAGCAAGGCUAAAAACCAUUGAUGUCCUGAGAUCUCAGCUUUGAUAAAAAAGAUAGACAAGAUCCAGAUAGACAAGAUCCAGAUGUUUCUUGUGGCCUAGCAAUGAGGACCAGUUUUCUGUUGAUUUCUCUAGUUCUCUUUCAUCAGAGCACUAGAGAAUUGCCAUCUUGCCACUGGCUAACAUGGCCUCUUUGUCGUCUUCCCAGCUCCCAAAGCUUCAGGAGCUGGCCACAUGAAACCUUGGCCAACUCCAGCACUUUCCAUAGAGCAGGAAGUUUUAUACUUGACUGAGCUAAAUCCCUUAGGCUCUUCAGAAACCUGCAGAUGAGGAAAGUUGCAGAAAGUUGGCUUUUCAGAGCAGUCUUCAGUCAGUUCAGUACUUGCACAGGAAGGAGUUGGUGGAAGCCAGCAGUUACCUUGUCCUGAUUUUCAGGCCUGGAAAUCUGAUAUAUAAGAGGAGACUUGGUUAUUUGAUAAUUCAGUAGCAGAAUAAGACAGACCUGGUGGGACAUGGUUGGCAGCCUUUCUCACUGGCCUUUGUUUCAGUCCAGCUGUGAAAAGAUAAUGAUCCAUGUCUUUAUUUCUACCAUUCAAGACCUCCAGUGUAGUCUUAAGGAUUAGUAGGACUUAAGCCCAUAUUAAAUGACAAUUGAAAACAUAAUGUAAAAAAGCCUUUCCAAACCAAACCCUCAGGCUUCUGCCAAGGCAGCUCCAGGGAUGAUGCUGACAGAGGGUAGGGAGUGGUUUCCUCUCAGUAGGGAGGAGUGUCCUCUCAGUGUUAGAGAGGACAGAGCACUGCCCUUCCAGAGGCCCAGGAGGAGUUCCUGAGAGCAGGAAUACCUGCUGCUGAGCCCUGAGGACAGCUGCCGCUGCAGCCAGGCACAGAGGAGCCAAAGAAAUGUGAAUUAGGAUUGAGGACAGCAAGGAAAAAUUUGUAGGACAGCACAUUUUCCUGCAGAAUCUUCAAAGGCAAGCAAACACUCUGAUUUGUAAUUCCCUACAAAGGCAUAUUGUAGAAGAGAUUGACCUUCAAAACCUUCACCACCAUCAUCAGAGUAAGGGAAAGAAUAACCAGGCUGAGAGCAUUUAAAAUUGAGCUACAAGGCCUUACAGCCUGUGCUGCCCAGGACCAGGGCAGCAUUAGGAUGUCUCAGUUAUGUGUGGUGUUGGGAGCAGUUACCCUCAUGGUGUGACACUGCAGGUACCACGUUGAUUCCGUUCCUUCUUACUAACAGUAGUGUGUUGAUAACUCUGCUCUUUGCUUCUGCCUUGGUUACCUUCUUUUGCUCAUGGGUGCUACCACAGCUGCUACCUCACUGUGUCUGCAAACACGUUUACCUGAGAACAACAAAAAAGGUACCAGAAAUCACCUUGAACUGAAUGUACAAUCUAUGCAAAUUCUCUUUCUACUUUGUUACAACCUAGAAGUAUUACUUGUAACCUUGCCAAAUAAACAGCAAGAUACUGUACAGGUGCCUCUGAUACCAGAGUGACGAUUCUAGGCGCGGUUCAUGGCGCUGCAUUUGUAUAUUGUAAUGACUCGGCUUGUCUUUGGUUCUGUUGUAAUUAACACCCUAGACUGAGACAAUAGCACUCCUGCUAAGGGAGCACCUUCAGUUUGCUGGGAAUAUUCCAGAGGAGGAUGUUUAUGGCAUUUCAUUUUAUUUUCCUGCUUGGAUCCAAAAAAAGGCACAGACCUGCUGGCCAAAACUAGGGUGUUGUUUCAGCUUUUCUGUGGAUGAAUCCUAUCAGCUUUGGAUCGCUCGGUGUCUGUUCCCAUUGUGGCAUCCAGUGUGUUGCCCCUUAAAGAAAGCCUUACUUCCAUCCUUUCUAAAUGUGGCCUUAAACUGUGUUAGGAACUUUGGUGUUGUCUGUGUCUUGCUCACUUUCUCUGUUUGUUGCAGAAUGAAUAAAAGGCACCUUGAGAUUUCUAUUACAGCUCGGUGGUGUUGCUGUCAGCUUAUACUUCACAAAUACAAUGGAAAUUGCUUACAAAUGCAGUCUUUAAGGAAAGAAAAUGACCUUCCCUUCGGGCAAAAGGAAGUCUCAGACAUUCAUAUAAAACCUUAGGAAAUUAUGAGCUCUGUUUCUCGCAAGUCACUGUAGAUAAGGAACUUGGUUUAAUUACAUACAAAGUACAAACUUAGUAACUUCUAAUUUAUCUUCAGACUACAACAGGACAGACUGCUCUCAGUUGCACAAGACAAAUUGUAGAGUAAUUUCACUCAUUUUAACAUGCUGUAGUAGCUUUCCUCUCAGAUUUGUACUGGUAGCUGGGAGAAAAAAUAUCCUCUUAAUGGUAUGGUCUUAAAAUCUGAAGAACGUCACCACAUAGGGCCAGAUUUAGGUGUUGGUUGGGAAUCUAAGAGUACAUUUAGAACAUGGUUGUUUUGUCAUAAAUGCAUUUCCAAAAAUCUGGCAUUUGGAGCUUCUUUCAAAGGUUGUCAAAGUCAGCAGAAAGCAAUGACUUCUGCUAAGGCUUGUAUGUGUUGGGUUUCUUUAAUACUUUCCUCCAUGAGAACUGUCAUGUUUCAGUGAGUAGCACCAAUAUUCCCGGCAGGCUGCAGUGCUUUUAGCAAUCCCACAUCCUGUCCUGUGUUGGUAUUCAUAUGUGGAUACAACCCAAAGGCAACUGAAAAGGGUUUACAUUUAAAACAAGAUUUGUGAAACUAAAAUAAUUAAUUCAAUGUAAUGAAAUUAUUUUUCUGACUUUGUCCUUAUGGUUCUGUUUUGGUUUGAUUGGAUUUUUCUAUUGCCUAACAUAGUCCAUAAUAAGUUAUUCCUAUUCUGUCAUUUUCAAAGACUGGUGGUAAUAUAGUUUUAAGAAAUAACUAUUUUGUUAUAGAUCAUAAUAUGCAUAAAAUUGUACAGAAAUAUUUUGUAAUCUAUUGAAUAAGAAAAAAGAAAACCAUGUAUAUACAGGGAAAAAAAAAAGUUUAAAAAAAUUGGAAAUUCAAAUGGAACACACUGAAAGAUGUAGAUAUUUUGCUAUUUAUUUAAAGGAGUAUUUUAUGAGAUAUUGAAAUGUCUUAAAUUGACCAGUAAUCAAAGUUCAAAGUCAGAAUGCUUUUCUUGUAGUAGAAUGUGAUUUUCAGCAAUUAUUGCACUACCCUUUUUUGCACCCUUUUGUCUUUCAUUUAGCAGAAACAAUGUGCCUUAGCUGUAUUCUUUGUCAAUGGGAGUUUGGUUGUUUGUCCGACAAAGCAAAUUUUUUUGCAGAAAAAGAAAUGGAUGUAUGAAAUACUGUAUUAUACCAAAAACACUGCAGUGUAUAUAAUGCUUUCUGUCAUACGGUGUUUUCAGAUGCAGAGUUUUAAAAUAAAAAAAAAGGCUGUCUUUA